UUUCCUCUUUUUUUUUUUGGUCUCAAAUUUUGUUGUCUAUGCGAAGAAGAAAUGUUUUUUAAGUCAAUCAAGACAUUUCGUUAGUACAUGCGAUACUGUUAGAAACUGUUUGGCUCCUGCUUCAAAAUUCCACGUUAAUAGCACGGAACAACCGGCUGCUUUGGCAACUAGCCGACUCAACAAUCACUCGCCCUUUUCGGGAGAAGGGACAAGAACAGCCCUGGACAAGGCCAGCUUAGGACACGGAUAUUGAAGGGGUUACUGAACCGGGUGAAGGGAAAGAACAAUCAUCUACUGAGUUGAGGGGGGAGAACAGGAGCAGAAGCCAGCAGUAUGACCACCCAGAGCCACACGCCGACCGGAUUCACCGGGAGUCGCAACAGCUAUUACAACCCUGUCUCGAAGAUCCAGUCGCUAAUCCACAACCUGGACGCAGAGCUGGUCCAGCUGUGCAAGCAGUGCUCUGUGAACAAGCCGCUGAGUAGCCAUAACAACAACACUUCUUAUGGAAGUCACUUUGGCUCGACCUUCGGAGCGCUUGGUGGUCUUAACUCUAGCUCCCUGGGUGGGGUCGGUGCGGCCAGUCAAUACCGUCCCGAGAGUAUUAACAAUCUGCUGGCCCGCGCACGAGCCGUCAAUCCGCCAUCCAGGACCGCCAGUACCAGUUCGCCCAGUUCGCAGGAAGCCCAGAAGCGUCAGAUGCGCAAUGUCUACCGAACCCGCGUAAUCGAUGCCUAUCGAAACCGGCGGAUCUUCACUGUAUACGGAAACUAUCACACGGUGAGACGGGCUCUGAUGCGAAGGGGCUGGCUUGAGAAGCUGCCGGCCUCCCGUCACUCCAAGUUGCAGAGCAUGUCCGAAGACGCUUUGCUAGAGCACGCCCGGCGGGGCAACGACUACGAGACGGUGAUCAUCUCCAAGAUGAUCAACCACUUCCCGGCCUUCUUCAUCUGGCAGGGUAAGGGCCAGCGCGACCUGUGCGCCGAGGUGAGACCCUUCCGAAACCGGGUGCGCCGCAGCCAGUUCCUAGACUUUUCCACCAAGGUGGGUCUAGUGGGCUGCGCCGAGCAGGAGCGUUGGUAUCGCGAGGACGGUGUCUGCGGGAUGAGCUAUCCGCGUUUCUACCGCCUGGGAGGGAACAAUCUGGAGGAGCGCAUGGCCUUCAUAGAGGACUACCAGCAGACGCAGGCCCGUUCCCUACUGCGCUACGUGAGGGAGCACCAACCAUCGGAACUCAUCAGUGAUCAUGGCACUAUAUCCAGCACUACCUUGGACUUUGCCCUCGGGAAGGUGAAGAGGAUGGUACGCAACGCAGAGCACUACUCCUUGGACGACGCUCGAAUCAAGCCGCCAACGCCUGCGGAGAUUGUUGAGAACCAGACCUUCAUGGUUCAGUCUACCGAUGUGCUCAAGUCCAAUGCCAAGUUCAAGGUCAGCGAGAAGGUGAUGACGGAGUACGCUCGAUUGGCUGGGUUAUAUCUCGAUCAGAUCGAGUCCCUUCGCUCGGACUACCGGUGGGAUGGCUGCCGCAACUUGUGGAUCCUUAAACCUGGAUACCAAUCGCGCGGCAUCGGCAUCGUCAUCCGCAGCUCCCUGGACGACAUUCUUCAGUGGACAUCCAACAACCAGAAUAAGAAAUACAUCGUCCAGAAGUACAUAGAGCGACCCUUGCUAAUAUACCGCACCAAGUUCGAUAUCCGGCAGUAUAUGCUGCUGUGCAUCACCGACUCUAAGGUGAGCAUCUGGACGUACCGGGACUGCUAUCUACGCUUCAGCUCUCAGGAGUUCACCAUGGACGACUUGCGAGAGUCCAUCCAUUUGACUAACAACUCGGUGCAGAAGCGGUACAAGAACAAGAGCAACAGGGACUCUCGGCUGCCGAAGAGCAACAUGUGGUCCCUGGACCAAUUCAAGGCUUACCUACGCCAAAUGGGUGCCCCGGAUGGGUCGUGGUCCAAGACGUACAACGGAUUCAAGCAGAAUCUGGUGGCAGUAGUGAUGGCCAGCUUAGACGAGACAGAGCUGUUACAAAAUGCCUUCGAGUUGUAUGGUUGCGAUUUCAUGAUCGAUGAGCACUACAAUCCUAUUUUGAUCGAGAUCAACUCGACACCGGAUCUCUCGCCAUCCACUGAGAUCACCGCCAGGAUAUGUCCGAUGGUCCUAAAGGACUGCAUCCGUGUGGUGGUUGAUCUUCCUAAGAACCCCACUGCCGCCACCGGGCUCUUUGAGCUGGCCUUUGAAGUUAACUACAGCAUCAACAAGGGAGCCGACGGCAAGCCGCUCGAACUGAAUGGCAAACAGAUGACCAUUUUCGAGAACAUGCCUAGACCCCGUAAUAGUCCCAGGACGCGGCUAUUUCGGAAGAUUUUGAACAACGUGAAGACUUCUACCAGCAAAAAAAUGGAAAAGGCCAAGGAAGCUCCAGCUAAAAUUGUAAAGACCUCCAAUGCCAAGAUCUCAAAAAAGAAGAAACAUGGGACCUCAGCGGAAAAUUCAAGCGUGUCCUCCAUGCAUCCCUCGUCACAAAACUUGCAACCUAAGGUUAUUCUGAACCCAACAGCUCGCGAGAACCUGGCACUUCAAUAUACCGCUCCAAAGUAAUAAUAAAUACAGAACUAGUUUUUUAAAACUUGUAAUAAAAAAGUUUACUAAAUAAGUAA